CUUGUCUCUUUAAGAAACACUCCUGUUGCAUGAGAGCCUGGUGUUUUUCCACUCUCUCCGUUAUUACAUGCGCUCGCAUAUAAGACAGAAAUCGGGGGGAGAGGGCGUAAAGAUUAUUUCCCUCGCUUUGUAGCCUCACCACAGGAAGACAAAAGAACAACAGACGGACCUGAGCAAUAAAUUGCAUUGUCAGUGUAAAUCAUUCUCAACCCGACCUCUCCUUUAUUGUCAGUAUGGCACAGAAGGAAAAGUUGCAGUGUCUCAAAGAUUUCCAUAAGGACACGAUGAAGCCGUCUCCCGGUAAGAGUCCCGGCACGCGUCCCGAAGACGAGGCGGAGGGCAAAGCACCACAGCGGGAGAAAUGGGCCAGCAAGCUGGACUUUGUGCUCUCUGUGGCCGGAGGUUUCGUGGGUUUAGGCAACGUUUGGCGUUUUCCGUACCUCUGCUACAAGAAUGGCGGAGGUGCAUUUCUCAUCCCCUACUUCAUAUUUCUGUUUGGCGGAGGUCUUCCCGUCUUCUUUCUGGAGGUGGCGCUCGGCCAGUUCACCUCUGAGGGAGGAAUCACCUGCUGGGGGAAACUCUGCCCCAUUUUCACUGGAAUCGGCUACGCCUCGAUCGUGAUCGUGUCCCUGCUGAACAUCUAUUACAUCGUGAUCCUGGCGUGGGGUCUGUACUACCUGCUGCAGUGUUUCCAGCACGAGCUGCCCUGGGCUCGCUGCAGGCACAGCUGGAACACGGGGAACUGCGUGGAGGACACCGUCCGCAAGAACAAAACCCUCUGGCUCUCCGCCAACGCCACCAACCUCACCUCGCCGGUCACCGAAUUCUGGGAGCGGAACGUCCUCAGCAUCUCUUCGGGGAUCGACGAGGUCGGCGGUCUGAAGUGGGAACUGGCGCUGUGCCUCCUGGCCGUCUGGAUCAUCUGCUUCUUCUGCAUCUGGAAAGGAGUCAAAUCCACCGGCAAGGUGGUCUAUUUCACAGCGACGUUUCCUUUCCUCAUGCUGAUUGUGCUGCUGGUUCGCGGCGUGACUCUGCCUGGUGCCGCCGAGGGCAUUAAGUUUUACCUUUACCCCGAUCUGACCCGCCUGAAAGACCCGGAGGUGUGGAUUGAUGCAGGCACUCAGAUCUUUUUCUCAUAUGCUAUUUGUCUUGGUGCAAUGACUUCACUGGGAAGCUACAAUAAGUACAAGUACAACUGUUACAGGGACUGCAUGCUGCUCGGAUGCCUGAACAGCGGUACCAGUUUUGUGUCAGGCUUUGCCAUCUUCUCCGUCCUGGGGUUCAUGGCACAGGAACAGGGCGUGGCUAUCGCCGAUGUGGCCGAGUCAGGUCCUGGUCUGGCCUUCAUCGCGUAUCCAAAGGCCGUCACAAUGAUGCCACUGCCGACAGUCUGGGCCAUACUUUUCUUCAUAAUGCUUCUGCUGCUGGGCCUAGACAGUCAGUUUGUAGAAGUGGAGGGUCAGAUCACCUCUCUGGUGGACCUGUACCCAUCCCUCCUAAGGAAGGGAUACCGGAGAGAAAUCUUCAUCGCUGUAAUCUGCGUCAUCAGUUACCUGCUGGGACUCACCAUGGUCACUAAAGGUGGCAUGUACGUCUUCCAGCUGUUUGACUACUACGCCGCCAGCGGUGUGUGCCUUCUCUGGGUUGCAUUCUUUGAAUGUGUUGCAGUAGCCUGGGUUUACGGGGCUGAUAAUUUCUACGAUGCUAUUGAGGACAUGAUCGGCUACAGACCCAACGGCUGGAUGAAAUGGAGCUGGAUGCUGAUCACUCCUGUCCUUUGUGUGGGUUGUUUUGUCUUUUCAUUGGUCAAAUACAAGCCGCUCACCUAUAACAAGUUUUACGAGUAUCCUGAUUGGUCCGUUGGAUUGGGUUGGGCUCUUGCACUGGCUUCUAUGAUUUGCAUCCCGAUGAUGGUCGUCAUCAAAAUCAUCCAAUCAGACGGCUCCCUCAUAGAGCGGAUCAAAGCCGUGGCGGCGCCGGUUAAGGGAGGCGCGAGCUCUCGCCCGAAGGAGUACAGCCUGAAGAACAGCGAGCUGCUUCACCCGCUGGACCCCAACGGCAUCCACGCCUUCACCAAACACAGCCACACCAUCGUAGAAACUACUAUGUGAGACUCUCUAAGAGAGAUUCCCAUAUUCUCCCGCUCCUGUCCUCUCCUAUAGGAGAUCCCGUUUUCCUGUUGUCCCGUUCCUUCCCCUCCGUUCCUCUUUCUCGCUCUGCACUAGUGCGUUUUUACGAAAUUAUCUUAUAUCGAUAUAUAUCUUUUUUGCCAUGUAGAAUUUGUACUCUGAUUGUAAUCAGUGGUAUUAGCACUAAUGCUGAUAUUGUAAUAACCUGAUGUGAGCUUUAGCCGUCUGGGGCGGUUUGUUUAAUCUGUAGUGCACUGUUUCACAUUAAACCACGUCCUAACCAGGAACGACACAGGCUCACUGCAUUACCAUUUCUUUCAAAUGAAUGAGUUUUGGUCCUCAACAGCCACUAUGACACAUUUUGCUUUCUAUUUAGGUCCUGUCACUCUGAAUAGCAGACUGAAUUCAGACUACUACUUUCUACUUCACUUCAAUAAUAAUUUAUUUUAGACUUAAAAUCAGAAGUUUCUACUUUCUUCAAGAAAAGGUAUUUAAUUCAGAUUUUAAUUCGUUUGAUAUGGUAUACAUAAAUACCCGUUUUUAAAAAAAAAAAAAAAAAAAAGUGAUCGUUUCAGAUUUACUCUGAAUGCUGUUCACACUAAAUCUAAAACAAUUAAUUUUAAUUUAAUUUAAUUAAUUCCUUAAUUUCAUUUCAUUUCAUUUCAUUUGAAUGAAUUCAUACUUUUAUACUUCCCUUCAAUAAUAAAUUUAUUUAAAAAGAAGAAAAUGGAUAAAUUUUUAAAUAAUUUGUUAUAAUAAUUUAUUUUAAAAAUAAGGAAAUUUCUAUUUUCUUCAAGAAAAGGUAUAAUUUAAUUAAUUCAGAUCUAAAACAAUUUAAAAAUAAGUUUAUAAUAUCAUUAAUAAUUUUGGCUAUUAUCAUAAACUCUCUAUCACUUUAUUUUAUUUUAUUUGAAUUUAGACUUUUAUACUUCCCUUUAAUAAUAAAUGUAUUUAAAAAGAAAGAAAUUGAUCAUUUUUAAAUAAUUUAUUAUAAUAAUUUAUUUUAAAAAUGAGGAAAUUUCUGUUUUCUUCAAGAUAUAAUUGAAUUAAUUCAGAUCUAAAACAAUUCUAAAAUAGGUUUAUAAUAUCAUUAAUAAUUUUGGCUAUCAUUAUAAACUCUACAUCAUUUCUUUAUUUUAAAAUAGUCUUUAAUACCACUUAAUUCGCGCAAAUAAAUUAAUGCAAUGUCACAACGAAAUCCCAUUGGUCCAAAAUCCUGCUCUGCAUAGGUUUAUGUACAUAAACCAUUGAUUACAUUCUGAUUUUGUUGCUUUGCAUGGCGUUUUCCUUUCUAUGAGGACUUCUAUUGUGUCGCACCUGGUUAGGACGGCAAUUCAUCAGCAGAGAGAGCAAGUUUUAGCUUCAUUUUUAGGAAAAGACUUACUGUAAAACAGCACCGAACUAAAUGUGACAUAAGCUACAUUAUGACGUCCGUCAGUGGUUGUGGCAGUAACUCUUGUUCGAUGAGGUUCUUAAAUGUUCUUUGUCUUGAAGAAAAAUGAAUGUACCUCCGCUUCGGGCGGACGCUGUGCACAGACAUGCACAAACACGUAAGACAUAAGCAAACCUUAACGCUCCGUCCUUUCGUCUCUCCUUGAACCGUAGUGAUCACUGCCAUCGCACACAUCGAGCUACUGAGUUCCUCUAACACUGUAGGCAGCUGUGUUCACUAAUAUAAGUAUCAUUUGAUGCACUAUUAUAAGCGUCAUUUACUGUAAGAUGAUCCGAGAGCUGAUGAUUAUCAACACCACGCAGGGCUGUUUGGCAGCACUUUACUAGCUGUUCAUGUACAGCGGGGUCCGAAGGUCUGAGAUAGGUGUGUGUGUGUGUGUGUGUGUGUGUAUAUAUACAUAAAUAUAUACACACACAAACAUAUAUAUACAUUUUUAAACUUUAAAAAUGUUUUUAUAUUGUAAAGAAAUUUAAUUCAAACUUUUCUACUUCCCCAGGUUUUAUACAUAUUAAAAAAAACAAUGUUAAAGUCAGAAAAUUUCUACUUUGUGAAAAAAAAAAAACACAUUUAUCAAUCACAUUUGAAUUCAUUUGAUAUUGUAGUUUUUUAAAAACUAUUAUUUGAGAAAACAUUAAAAAAUCUAUUUUUUAAAUGUUUUAAAUAUUCAGUGUUUUUUUGGUUUUGUUUUAUAUGAACACCAGAGCCAUGCACACGACGAAAAUACAUAUUAUGACCAUGAAUUGAGAAUUUUGUUUCACUGUUUUAGUCCACAAAUUAAUUUGUUCUCUCAUUUUAGUAAAUCACUGGCACAUUCUACCAAUUUGCUCCCUCACAAUGUGGCUACAGUUUACUAAAAUGAGGGAAUUAAUACGUUUAGAGAAAAAUAAAAAUAUUAAAAUGUAUUUGAAAUACAUUUAUUUUGUGCCAUGCAAUUUGACUGCAAUUGUACUUUUGGUUUACUAAACUGACAUACUUAAAAUCUGCUAAACCGGAACAACUAAUUUUGUGCUUAAUGCGUUUAAAAUGUGAGGAAAUAGUGCUGAAGUUUAACUAAAAAGUAUAUUUGUGACCAAGGACCACAAAACAUAAGGGUCAAUUUAUUAAAUUGAGAUUAAUACAUGCUGAAUAAAUAAGCUUUCCAUUGAUGUAUUGUUUGUUAGAAUAGGACAAUAUUUGGCCGAGAUACAACUAUUUGAAAAUCAGGAAUAUGAGGGUGAAAAAAAAAAAUCAAAAUAAGUAGAAAAUCACCUUUAAAGUUGUCCAAAAGUUCUUAGCCAUGCAUAUUACUACACUGUAAAAGUUUGUUGAGUCAGCUUAAAAUUAAGUUCAAUCAACUCAAAAAAAAAGUUUAAUCAAUUUGAAAUGUGUUGUACGAAGUGAAAACAUUUGAGUUGAUUCAGCUUAAAAUUAAGGAUACAAAGCUUUUAAUUUUAACUAACCAGAUUUUAGUUUAAUCUACUUAAAUAUCUAAGUUGUAACAUUUCACGUUGACUAAACUUAUUUGAGUUGACUGAACUUAAAUUUUAAGGCAGCGGUAACAAAUUAUUUUAAGUUGACUCAACAAAUUGUGUUUUAGUGUUUGUUUGUUUUAAGUUUUGAUAUAUUUACAGUAAAAAAAUUUACAAAAUACCUUCAUGGAACAUGAUCUUCACUUAAUAUCCUAAUGAUUUUUGUCAUAAAAGAAAAAACGAUAAUUUUGACCCAUACAAUGUAUUUUUGGCUAUUGUUACAAAUACACCCAUGCUACUUAAAACUGGUUUUGUGGUCCAGGGUCACAUUCAAUUUGUGCUAAAGUGGAACUACUGUAAGUAUACUUCAGGUACACUUUAAAUAUCUUGAAUUUAAAGACUGAUAUUAUACAGAGGUCAUACAAUCUUUAUUAAUAGUGAUAUUAAAACACUUUUUAGGCUUAAGAAUUGUGCACAAAAAGAAUACUCCAAAUAAAGUUUAAUUAGAAUUUUAUAUUAGAUCAGUAAUCUUAAGUGAUAUGUCAAUAAAUAGUAUAGUUAGUAUGAAAUAAAUGCAUUUUAAAUAAAUUAUGGCAUAGUUUUUGUUUGUUUUGUCUUUCUUACUAGAGUUGUGGGAACAAUUUCUUAAUUAAUUCAUGUGGCAUAUUCACUUUUUAGAUUUUCAUUAUGAAUUGUACUAUUUGCAUAAUAUUUUAAGGAAAAGCUGACAAGAACAAAACCUGAUAAGCAUCUUGUGCUUCAGUCUGUACAAAGAGUCACACGAUCAAUAUCACUAAUUCACUUCCAUCAAAUUAGUGACUUAGAAAUAGUGCAGUUUUUUUUUUCUCCCCCAAAACCAAAAUUUUGAUUCCCAGACAUGUCAGACAUUUGGAGGCCGCUGUCUAUCACAUGAUUCAGCACAGCCAAACUCGCUCAACAAUCAUCAAACCAUCAGCUUUCAGAAUGAACGCAGGAAACCUGGGCUUUAUGUCCUUGCACAGAGACACUGCCUAAGAAUGAGAUUGUGCAAUUGUCUCUUUAGCCUUAAAACCUCCAAAUAUUCAAGCUAAUCACCAACAGCAAAGAACUGCCCCUCAUAAUACCUCUGUGUCCUUUACCUUCGACCACCCACCCUCCAUAAAUACCAUCCCCUCUCACCCCAGCGUCUUCGUACACAUCCGACCUGACCUGUGACCCCUGAACUCUUCUAGAUUUAGCUAGACCCUCUGACCUAUUUCCACCAAUCUUGAGCUAACUGUUCACUAAGCAAGUGUUUGCUCAUUUGUAGUAUUUUCAUUUAUCUAAAAUUUGCCUUUUUGUAUUUAACCAUUUUAUACUGUACCUGAUGUGAUUGGUCAUUUGCCUAUAUUUUUUCUGAAUGUAUUCAGAAAUUUAUAUUUAAACGGUGAUUAGUCUUUAGCCUAAAUGCAACUUGCAGUGUGCAAUAUUUGUAAACAACUGGCUUUGUCCAUUUUUUAUUAUAAUUUCAGCUGGAAGGUACUGUAAUAUGAUAAAAACAGGAAAUUCAAGAUACAGUUUUUCAUUCACAUUUUGCUGUACUGUAAGGUAACUUGAUUAAACAAAAACAAACAAAAAAUCUUGUAAAACCAAAGUAGUUUUGUGACAAACACCAUUCUAGAUGCAUAUUGCAUCUUUCAGACAAAAUAAAAAAAAUGUCCAAUCUUCA